AUGAAUAACACACUAAAACGAACCAUUUUUGCGCUGCUUUUGCUGUGCAUCCAACAAGCACAAUCUCUCCGGUGUUAUGGAUGUAUGAGUAACGUGAGCUUUGCCGAUUGUUCCGAAAAAGCUGUUGAGCUCGAUUGUAACAAAAUGGAUCCAGAGUUGGUGAAUGGAACAUUUGCGUGUGCGAAAGGCAGCGGCGUUAGUCCGCAAGGGAACGUUUUCAUGAAAACGUGCAUUCCGGAUAUGUCCGAGACCACCUUUUGUGCCCAGCUUUCCGAGGAGGCAGCCGGUGGUAAAGUGGAAGUAUGUAAAGUGUGCAAAGAUAAGGAUCUAUGUAACACUGGCAGUGGACUAGUGUUGACAGGAGCUCUAUUACUGUUAACUGUUUGUUUAAUGCUAGGCGCGUGAAGUU